AUGGCUCCACCCCAGCAAGGGACGCCGAGGGGCCCCGUCACGCAGUCGACGAAUCCCAUCUAUGUCUACACCAAGUUCGUGGUGGCCUCAGCCCGCGCGACGUCGGCGAUUGCUGCGGCAAUGAUGGCCACCAGCAACUCAACGGGGGUCAACGAGCUCAAGGCGCUGCACAGUUCUGCCAAUGCACUCAGUUCCCCUCGCGAACGCAGCGGCCGCAACAGCCCUCGGGAAGUCACUCACGCAUACACGAGUCUAGUGGACAUUGUGCGGCCGCGUACGGUUCCAGUGCUCUCCCCCAGACAGUCGACAGCGGCGUCUCCGCGCAGGAGCGUUAUGCGUCGAGAGAGCAAGCUCCCGCUGGUUCGAACGCAGUCUGAGAGUAGCAGCGGCGGCAGCACCGGUAGAGAGCAAGAAAACCAGCAAGAACAACCACGGACGUCGUCCUCCACGACGGCACCUGCACCUUUGACCGGAGAUCGCGAGGUGUUUCCGGCGUGGAUCCGGGAGCGGAAAGAUUUCCAGGUUUUCUUUCCUAGGUUUUCAGACCACGUAGUCACGGACGAAGAGAUCCUCCAGCAAGGAGUCCCUAAAGAGCCAAGCGAACGGAACAUUGUCGAGCUGCAGUGCAUCGCCCGCUGGAUCAUGAAGAUCCCGUCCAUGUCGACGUUCUUGGACCUGAACCAGGCCACGGAGAUCGCCAAGCUGGCCAAGUAUCGCGCUUUCCGUCCACACGAGUAUGUUUUCCGCAAGGGAGACGUCGGUGAUGCCUGCUAUCUCGUCCUGAGUGGCGAGGUGUACAUUCUGAUCGACGGUCAGAAGGUGGCGUCCGUCACCAAGAACGCAGCGUUUGGUGACAUUGCGCUUCAGCUCGAGAACGCCACUCGCGGAGCUGAUGUACAGGCUGCUCCUGCAGGAAAUGUUACGCCGUCACCUGGUAAUUCGUCGUCACAGCCGAUAGGGUGUGAAGUCCUCAUGAUAAUGGCCGAGGACUACCACAAAACCCUUGCGAGGUGCCAGACGCGAAGACGCAAACACCUUGUCAACUGGCUGCACACGGAGGUGACACUGUUCCGCGACUGUGUGGAGAGCAAGCUGCACUUCUUCGAGCUCGUGUCGAUCGACGUCCCUCUCCAGAGGGGGGAGGUCCUCUACACUCAAGGCGAGUCGGUUGGCGCCUUCUACGUUGUGCGUUCUGGUCGUGUUAGACUUGAGGUGGACAUCCAGUACGAGCGUCGGCAUCGGUGGCCGAGCGGCACACACUCGUGGAAGCAGCAGGUUCAUGCGGUGCGCUCCCGUGUGCCAUUCCACACCGAGGAUAGCGCCGGCUUUUUCGGCUUUGAGAUGUUCAUCGAGGGCCAACAAACGCGCGUCUACACAGUCGUCGCGGACUCACCUACGGUGGAGCUGAUAGCUCUAAACCGCGUCGACUGUUUCUCGCCCUACUUCUCUUUCACGCCGCGGGCGUUGGAUCGGAUACACGACAAGAACGACAAAUAUCGAGAUAUGGCUCAACGAAAGGUGCAGCAGCAGCUCCGAGCGUUCCGGCGAUCGCAGACGGCAGCGGCGCACAAGAACAUCCCUGAAACCCACCCACCGGUCGUCGUCCAGCGCAAGUUUCCCCACUCGCGCGAGACGCCCGAAUUCCAGUUCCCAUGUCUCCGCCCUGCGACAUGGAAAGCCGAUAACGAGGUGGUGUCCGCACUCCAACAAGCCUGUCAAUGA